UCCAAAACAAACCAAGGCUUGAGAUUUGGGAGUUCAGUCGGCCUAAUAAAACUCAAACAACUGCUCUAGAAGCCCGUGUCGUCCACUCAAAGAUCGAUGGCUUCUGCAAAAGCAAUAACGAGUCCAGUUCCAGAUGCGUGGUACCCAACCCUAGCCGUCUUGAUGCUCGCCGUUGGCCUUGUCCUCACCGCUUCCUUCUUCAUUUAUGAAGCAACUUCUUCUAAGCGAAACCGCAGUCUUGCAAAGGAGCUCGCCACUGGGGGAGUAGCGUCCGUCUUCCUGGGUUUCGGAUCAUUGUUUCUGCUACUCUCGGCUGGUGUUUACGUCUAAAACGAUCUCCCUAGCCGGAGUUAUGUCAUGUUAUGGAUCAUGGAUUUGACAUUGUCAUUUACAGACAUAAUUUAUCAGAUGAGGAUAGCUUCUUUGAUAACAUUUUGAUGUCACCCGUGGCAGAGUGUUCUUACU